AUGGCAGAUGUGCGUCAACAACAACCUGAUAGUGGAAACACGAAGAGUAUUGAUAAAGCAAUCACGUCGGAAACUCUAACUAACAACCCAAAAAUAACGUACGUCAAAGUUCUCACUGAAGCUGGUGGAACCUUCAGAACUUACAUUGGAUUGACGGUCCUCGUUGCUCUAGAGGUGUCAAUCUGUAUCCUAAUGCUGUGCGUAAUCAUUCCCUGUCUAUUCUACGUCACGCAAAGAACAAACCAGAGAAAGCUGUCUCUUUACGAAUGCUUCUACCUCACCUCAUCCAUCUUUCUGCAAGACCCUAUUAAUAAUCGCCCUUUUGUAACCGUGCCUUCGAGGAUCACACUAGCCACGUGGAGCUGUGGCGCAUUUAUCAUCGUCCAAAUUAUAACCGGUGUCUUGCGUUCAAAUACCGCUGUAAAAAAGCAAGUUAAGCUACUUAAUACAUUUCAAGAGAUCGUCGACAAUCCCGAGAUCGAGCCGGCAGCUUGGGACGGGACACCCACGAUGGUCAUUCUCGAGGAGAAAUACCCCACCACAUUCCGUAUAAUCAAUGAUCGAAUUCAACGGUUAAAGACAAUGCUGACGUUAAAUGAAAUCUUUAGUGAUCAAUUCAUGAACAAAGUUUUGGACGGAAAAUCGGUGUACAUUCAAGAGCCUGAUUCGAUGCUGAGUGGCGUACCUCGACUCUGCGACAGAUACAAGGGAUUUUUUCAUAUCAGCAACAAGAACGUCGAAACUGAGUAUGUUUGGUACUAUUCGCCGCAACUCGACAAGGAGACUAAAACAGCGUAUAGCACCCGGACGAUGUGGACUUUCGAAGCUGGGGUGCGGUGGAUUCGCGAACGGGAGCUGAUGCCUGCGCCACCUAAGUGCUUCACCUUUGCGAUCCGCUCUAAUCCCAUGGAUAGCAACAACGAAAGCUUCUCUAUGGAACAUCUACAACUAUUUUUUUGCACGCUUUUCUUUGGUUAUUUUUUAAGCCUAACCACUUUGGUGGUAGAACACAUUAAAUUUCGGUGCAUUAACAAAAAAAGAAAUAUUGCCCAAAUAAGGAAAACGCCCAUAUCCAUAAAGAGAGGCAUCGCGCUUAACGCGUCUAAAGUAAUGACACGAGCGGUUCCGCGUAGCGCAAGCCCUUGACUCAGAAAACCAAUUCUAAAGAAUAUAAAAGGCCAUAAUUAACUCUACCUUUAUAGUCUUAGGAGUAUUUCAGGUUUCCGACGCCAGUAUCGACUCAG